AUGGCGCUUAUCCAUCACCGGGCAGAUGAUGUUGGAAUGGCUGACUAUGCUCUGGAGUCUUUUGGCGCGUCUGUGAUAUCCAGUACAGAGACCUAUAAAACCAAAUACUGCAAAGUUUUUGGCAUCAGUCUGUGGUGCAGGAAUCAUGGCCCUGAGACUGUUCUACAGCCGGGGGUUGUCCCUGGGCAAUGCUGGGCAUUUAGAGGUAGUCAAGGUUACCUGCUUAUCUCUCUGUCAUACCCUGUACACAUUACUCAUGUGACCCUGGAGCACAUGCCCGUAGUAUUAUCACCCACAGCCCACAUCAGGAGCGCACCAAGAGACUUUGCAGUUUAUGGGAUGAUGAAUGAGAAAGAAGAAGGAGAUCUUCUUGGAAUAUUCACCUAUGACCAGAAUGGGGAAUCGCUCCAGACUUUUAAAAUCCCAGACCCUCUGAGUAAGGUGUAUAGUCUGUGUGACCUGAGGAUCCUCAGUAACUGGGGUCACCCUAAACACACCUGUGUGUAUCGCUUCAGGGUCCACAGCCAGCCCAGCAGCAGAUGA